AUGGCAGACACGGGCAUCGCCAAGCCCAAUCGGGUAUCCUUCCGCUCCUGGAUCUGGGAUGCCGACUCCCACACCAAGAGCAAGGCCGAGCUGCGCCUCCUGCUCAAGCUCGACCUGUCCAUCCUCGUGAUUGGCUGUCUCGGCUUCUUCAUGAAAUUCCUCGACCAGACCAACCUCAUGAACGCCUACGUCUCGGGCAUGAAGGAGGAUCUCCAGAUGAACGGCAACGAGUACACCUACGCCAUGACCAUGUACACCAUUGCCUACGCCAUCAUGCAGGUGCCCAGCACCCUCAUCGUGCAGAAAGUUCGCCCCGCCCUGUGGCUCGCCAUCAUGGAAGUCGGCUGGGGCGUCUGGACGUUUGCCCAGGCCGGAAUCACCAACUCGAACCAGCUGUAUGCUUUCCGCUUCCUCGUCGGUUUGUUCGAGAGCUCCUUCUCCCCCGUGCUGGUCUACCUCAUCGGAGGCUGGUACACCAAGACCGAGAUGGCCAAGCGCACUGCCAUCUUUAUGAUGACCGCGCCCAUCGGCACCGCGUUCUCCGGCUACCUGCAGGCGGCGGUUUACACUAAUUUGGACGGCGUCAAUGGCCUCGCCGGAUGGCGGUGGCUCUACAUCAUCUGCGGAAUCAUGACUGUACCCGUGGGCAUCGCCACCUUUUUCUUCUUGCCCGAUACGCCCUACACGACCACGGCCUGGUUCCUCACCGAGGAAGAGCGCGCUUUGGCAUUGGAGAGAGUUCGUAAGCAGGGAACGGCGCCCCUGGAGAGCUCAGCUUCAGGCAUCGUCGUGCAGAGCAACGUCAUUCCCACCGGAACAUGGAUCAUUUCUGGUUUCGCCACGGUUCUUUGGGGCUACCUGUCCGAUUACACGGGGAGCAGGUUCCUGUUUGUCGUGAUUCCACUAGCGCUUGGCUUGGUGUCCAAUGGUAUUCUCGCAGUCUGGCCCGCGGGCAAUGCAGUCAAAAUGUUUGCAUUCUUAUUCAUCGGCGUCCAGCUUAUGCCUGACUUCGCCUGGGCUAUGGAAGUCUGCCGUGAGGACAACGAGGAACGCGCCAUCGUAGCCAGCAGCAUGAACGGCAUGACUUACGCCGUCGUGGCUUGGCUGCCCAUUCUCAUCUUCCCGCAAACCAUGGCGCCCGACUUCAGGUACGGCUUCCCCACCAGCUUCGCCCUCGUCAUCGCCUCCAUCAUCGCCGCCGUGGGAGUCCAGUACCUCGUCGUACGAGAAAAGAAGAAAAAGAGAGGUGAGGUUUCAGAAGGCAACGCCAGCCAGGGCGAUGAGGAGAGCUCCGAGAAGGGAGCCAAGAGCCCCGUCGCUGAUUUCAAGGCUGUCGAGGCUGGUACAGACUAA